AUGGGACACAGUGCCGUAUCAGUGGAGACCGACGAACAGGAGCAGGGGAAGAUAAAUCGUGGUCUCGACUUCGACUUCGGACAAGGAGAGUUCCACGCCCAUGUUGACAUUGACGGACAUGCCCGGGCAGCAGACGUGUACCGGACGUUCAACAUCAACUUGUAUCAGCAACCCGCAACCCCGUGUGCAACCCAGUGUGGUGAGUUGAAUUGUGUAGAUACUUUAUUCUGUGGUUGUUGUAUCCGCAAACCGCAACCCAGUGUGAUACUUUAUUCUGUGGUUCUUGUAUCAGCAACCCAGUAUGGUGAGUUGAAUUGUCAACCCUCAACCCAGUGUGAACAAGAGCCAUCCCCUCAGCCUGGCCCAGAGCCCACCCCCCAACCAGGCCCUCAGCCAGAGCCGGAGCCAACACCAGAGCCGGAGCCGAUCUGCAUCAGUAAAGUCAAGGCGGACUUCGUGCUGCUGAUGGACGCCUCGACCAGCGUGGGACCAAAAGACUGGAAGAAACAGGUCGAGUUCGCCGCGGGGCUGACGGAAGCUUUCAGUCCCGACAAGGACGAUGUCAGGUUCGGUGCUGUCAUCUUCAACAAGCAGCCCAGUAAGAUUUUUGACCUGAACACCUUCACGGACAGUCAGGCUCUGUCACAGGCUCUGAGGGACAUCAAGUACCCAAACAACCAAGGCACCAACACACACCUGGGUCUGAGUGAGAUUUUAACACAGAGGAUGUUCAGUUCUGAGGCUGGGGGUCGGGACGACGCCCCUAACCUGGUCAUUGUCAUAACAGAUGGCAAGUCCACCCACCACAGCCUGACUGUCAAGGCGGCGACAGAGCUGAAAGCCAGCGGGGUACAGAUCAUAUCUGUGGGGGUCGGCAAAGAGCCCACGAAACAAGAGCUGGAGGACAUUGCAAGUGACAAGAGCUUCGUCUUCACUGUGGACAAUUACGGUCUACUGGACCACAUCAAGACAGGUCUGGUCACCAUCACCUGCUCAGUGACGACUGCACCACCAACGGAAGAACCAGUUGUAACAACCAAAGAGCCAAAUUCAACACCGGAAGUUGAAACUACAACAGAAGCACCAGCUACAACACCGGAAGUUGAAACUACAACAGAAGCACCAGCUACAACACCGGAAGUUGAAACUACAACAGAAGCACCAGCUACAACACCGGAAGUUGAAACUACAACGGAAGCACCAGCUACAACACCGGAAGUUGAAACUACAACAGAAGCACCAUCUACAACACCUGCAAUUGAAACUACAACAGAAGAACAAACUACAACAACCGAAGUGAUAAUUACAACACCGGGAGUUGAAACUACAACAACUGAAGAGCCAACCACAACAACGGAAGAGCCAACUACAACAACGGAAUUACCAACCACAACAACUGAAGUACCAACAACAACAACAACAACUACUACUACUACUGGAGUACCAGUUUCCACCCGACCCCCAUACCCACCCUCCACCCCCGAGCCUUGCACCGAAACAACAAAAGCCGACAUCAUCCUGAUAAUGGACGCAUCCUCCAGUAUCCAGAAAGAGAACUGGAAAUACCAGACCCAGCUUUCAGCCAACAUCACACAGUACUUCAACGUCGGGCCUGACAAUGUCCGCUUUGGUGCCAUGAUUUUUAACCGGAUGCCCAAGAAACAGUUUGAUUUAAAGGACCAUUUAGAUCAUGAUUCUUUGUCUCAGACCCUGCUUGCUAUAGCGUAUCCCAAUGUGACUGGGACCAAGACCUACUUAGCCCUUGAUGAGAUCACCAAACAGGAUAUGUUCGGCACAGCUGCUGGAGGCAGACCUGACGCCCCUGACAUACUCAUCAUUAUGACGGACGGGAAAUCAGAUAUACCUUCAAGAACGCUAAAAUCGGCGACCGCGCUGAAGGACAAAGGCAUCACGCUAAUCUCUGUAGGGAUCGGGGCAGAACCGACGCUGGAUGAACUGACGGGAUUGGCUAGCAAGCCCGAGAACGUGUUUACUAUUAAUAGCUACGACCUACUGGCCUACAUUAUGCAGUCGCUGGUCAGGAAAACGUGUGAAUCUUCACACACCAAAGGUGUUUAAAAAAAACAAAAAAAAGGCCACAGCAACAAGACGUUAUACCAGAUUUACAAAUAAAAUUUAUUUGACUUGA